AUGAGCCAAGCGGAAGCGCAAUUGUCGGCACGGAUUGAUGAAAAGCUGAACGAUUCGACACAGGACGCAUAUGUGUGGUCUCUUGAGUUUUUUCCUCCCCGAACGGCGUUGGGUCUCGCGAAUCUGUGUGCGCGAGUAGCUCGCAUGUCUGAGGCAUUGCAGCCAGGCUGGGUUCAUGUGACCUGGGGCACGGGAGGAUCCACCCGGGACGCAUCCAUGGAGCUUGCCGCACGCGUGCAAAAGGGUGUUUAUGAUCCAUUGGAAGACUACACCAACGUGAAAGAGCGGCGCAAAGGCGCUUGUGAUGUGUGUUUGCAUUUAACGUGUACGAACGUUGAGCGGGCAUAUUUGGAUGCAACUCUCGAUGAGGCACGGCAAAUAGGCAUUCGGAACAUUCUGGCACUGCGUGGUGACCCACCACGCAGUGAUGAAUACUGGGUAGCUACGGAUCAGCGGUUGCAGAAUGCAACGGACCUCGUGCGCUAUAUCCGUGAGCGACAUGGUGAUUACUUUUGUAUUGGUGUGGCUGGCUAUCCCGAGGGGCUGAAGCAGGGUAUUGAUUGUGAUAUGAGGCACGACAUAAAGGUUUUGAAGGCAAAGCAAGAGGCAGGCGCUCACUUUAUUGUGACGCAGUUGUUUUAUGAUGUCGACGCACUCGUACGGUGGACGAAAGAAUGCCGUGCGGCAGGCAUAACAAUCCCGAUCAUUCCGGGAAUCAUGCCGAUCCAAAACUACACGAUGUUUCGCCGCAUGGCGAAUCUUUGUGGCGUGCAUACACCUGAGGAUGUGCUUGAGCAGCUGGAGCCAAUAAAAAUGGACGACGCAAAGGUCAAGGAACAUGGUAUCCAUCUCAGCAUCGACAUGAUCAAGUCCAUCCGAGAGCAGACGGGCAUUCGCGCUUUCCACUUGUAUACGCUUAACCUGGAAAAGAGUGCAACGUGCGUCAUCAAGGUACUUGCGGAUGUACCGGAUCAAAGCGCGUCAAUCUCUGGCUCCGUCACAUGGGACGAGUUUCCGAAUGGCCGCUACACGGAUGCCCGCAGUCCAGCGUUUGGUGAAAUGGAUGGCUAUGGAGCCAAUUUGAAGGUGCCACCCGAAGAGGCUGUGCGUUUAUGGGGCACACCUGUGGAUGAGGAUGACAUAUCCAGUAUAUUUUCUCGGUUUGUCGAUGGCCGCUUGGCCUGUAUGCCGUGGUGCGAUAUUCCUGUGUGGGAUGAGACAAUGCAGCUCCUUCCCGCACUGUUGCAUCUGAACUCGCCACCCUCCGCUGGCGGUAAAGCAUGGUGGACUGUUGGAUCUCAACCAGCUGUUGAUGGGUGUGAUAGCACUGACCCGACCUUUGGAUUCGGACCGCAAGGCGGCUAUAUCUUCCAAAAAGCAUUUGUCGAAUUGUUUAUGAACGAAAACGACAAGAAUGCGCUUGUUCAAAUGAUCCAAGGAAGUUCAACGCCUGUGACCUAUUUUGCCGGAAAGUGUGAUCCAACGACAUUUGAGACAAAUCUUACAACGAACGGCCUCAACACAGUGACGUGGGGUGUUUUUCCUGGCACAGAAGUCGCGCAAUCCACCAUAAUUGAAGAAGCAUCGUUCCGGGCAUGGCGUGAUGAGGCAUUUGCUAUUUGGCGAGAAUGGGAGCUUCUUUUUCCUCCGAACUCAGCCACGCGGUCAUUAUUGCGAAGAAUCCACGAUGAGCGUUGGCUUGUCACUGUGGUACACCACGACUACAAGGAUCCACAAGGGCUGUGGAGACUGCUUGAGACAGUCUCGUAG